CCUGAUUCUUCCUGCUUGCUCUCAGCCUCUCCAUCAUCCUAUCAUUCCAUCCAAGAUGUUUUCCAUGACUUUCCUCGCUCUCUCGGCUCUUGUUGGCUCUGCCCUUGCUCAAGGUUGUCCUGAAGCUGCCCGCUUCGGGACAUUGAAAAUAUCGCCUAAUCCGAUUGUCCUUGGACAGGAAGUGACCUUUGAGGGCAACUUCACUUGUGCCAGAGAAAAAGGACUCGCACCUGUGUACACGGAUUAUUGGCUGACAGUUCCUGAGGCGAAUAACUCUGGAUUCCAGCCCCCCAUCUACUUUGCCCGCCGGGAUGCUCCAGCCAACGGAGUGGAUACUUUCACUGUUACUUUCGACCCAGCAUACUCUGGAUUUGUGCACUACCCUGACGCAGUUUACCAGAUUACUCUAGCCAGUACAUCUGUUGUCGGAGAAUCUGAGACCUAUGGCAAGACGUUGGCCACAGGGGAAGUGUUUUAUGGGGUAGAUGUUGUCAAGGCUUCCAAUUAGGUGUUGCGAAUGGUUAUGAUACGGUUAUUUUUAAUGAUGCUAGCUCUCCGCAUACCGUGUACGGGACAAUAAUUAUGGAUAUAAUCUCCUUGGAUGAAAAUCUUACGCG